UGGAACUCUGCACGACUUGUCACACACGUGUGAGCCUGGAGGGAUAGACUGCAAUUAAUAUAUCAUCUCCUAUUAAAACCUACCCUGCACCUUAGGCGUUUUCUCUCUUUUGAAACGAAUGAAUCGAAAACGCAGGAACCCCACAAGAUAAUCCCCUCUUUUCUGCGCGCCCCCGAGGGAGGCGGGGAAUCAGGCGAAAAUGGCUCUCGGGACUGAAAACCGAAAGCUACUUUCGCAAUCACGUGGCGCCGCGGAGAAGGGCGAAGAGGCUCCGUUUUGCGGCUCGCCGGAGAGGAAGAACUAGUCUGGACGGGGGUCUCGGAACAAAAGCGAUCCUGAGAGUUCCUCCAUGGGUACUCAAAGACCUCUCAUCGUGCCCUGGCUAAUGGAACAGUUGGACGCCCGGCGGUACCCGGGGCUGUCAUGGCUGAACCCAGAACGGACCCUGUUCCGAGUGCCGUGGAAACAUGGCUCACGGCAGAAUAUUUUGGACGAGGAUUUCCAACUUUUUGAGGACUGGGCCAUUGCCAGAGGCCGCCAUCGCCCAGGCAUUGACCAACGGACGCCCUCCGAGUGGAAAAGGAACUUCCGCUCAGCCCUGAACCGGAAGGAGGGGAUCCGCAUGUUUCAGGAUAACAGCACAGACUCCGAAGACCCCCACAAGGUGUUUGAAAUCCUGCAUGCCCCAAAUCUGAAUGACUCUGCCCAGGGGCAGCAGUCGGUGAUGUUUCGCCUACCCUGUCUGGGAGCACGGGACUGUGCGGAGACAGUUCUUCCCCUUCUCAGGGCGAUACCCUGGAGAGCAUCUGUCCCGAGCCUGUGCUCCAUGUAUCAGAUGGGAUGUAGAGAAGAAAGUUGUGAGAGUGCUGCUGGAGCAGAGAAUCUAGCUUGCAUCGGAGGCCUGCCCCCAUUCAGCUUGGAUACGAAUCUACCUGUAAUCGCAGAGCCACAGCUGGAUCAGAUACUGGGAGCCGAUACGUUUGGAGCAGAGAAUCCCGCUUUCUGUGGAGGCCUGCCCCCAUCUGAGUUGAAUCUAGUUCCACCCACAACUGCAGCAUCUCCCCUGCAGAACCUCUUGAGUAGCACUACUUUCGAGUCAGAUUUCGAGGUCCGAGUCUACUAUCGGGGUCGGCUGGUCCUCGCCGACGUGUUCAAGAACGUGCGAGGCCUGCGCUUUGUGCCUCCAGGCUCCCAGGGCCACUACCCCGAUUUGGCAGACGUGGUCCUGCCUGACCCAGUCUGCUUGAACGACAGCCUGCAAGUGACCUACACUCAGCGCCUUCUGCGAGGCGUGGCUCCGGGGGUGGUUCUCCGUAUCGAGGGCAUAACUCUGUGUGGCAUGCGCCAAGGCCAUUGCCAUGUGUCCUGGAGCCAGUCAGAGAUGCCUGAAGACGAGACGCCUCAUGGGGCUCUACUGAAGGAACAGCUGGGUCCCAUUUACAGCCUGCAGCAGUUUGUGCAAGACCUGGUUGGAUAUAUGGAAGGCAGACAGGGAUCCCCUAAGUACACCUUGUGGUUAUGCUUUGGGGAAGAUUGGCCAGACACCCGCCGGCCCUGGAAGAAAAAACUGCUCAUGGUGGAAGUCAUCCCUAAGACACUGGAAGCUCUCUACGAGUUGAGCCAGUCCCGCGGGGCCUCAUCAUUAAACGGAGCAGAGCCGGACCUAAGGAUAUCGGAUUCGCUGCAAGGAUCCUAUCUGGACCAACUGAGAGAAUGGCAAGAGAAGAUGGAGGUGCAGUUUAAUUAGCCGCGCAAAACUUUUAUCCCCCUUCUUUCGGAGAUAGCUGCAGAUUUGGGUCCUCUUCCUCAGACAGCUUUCGUUGUUUCUCUUACGCAGCAGAAUCGACACUCCUCUUUGCCAGUCCUGAGAAAGGGGCAUUCCGGCAGCCCCUUUGGUGGAGAUGGUCACUGCUCACUUGCACAAACCUUCCACUGAGACAGCUGGCAGCCGCUUUCGGUUUCUAUUAGCAUCCCUGCAUGCAGAGGAUAUUCAAGAGUUUGGGGGGGGGUUUCGUUUGGGUUUUUUUGCUUCAUCCGUUCUUGUUCAUAUUGUUCGUUGGUUUCGUCGUAGGCGUCACGACCACAAUCAGCAGCUGAACAUGGCGAAAACACGCCUCUUUAACUAGGUCUUUGGCUGUUAAACACUCUCUGGCUUUUAAAAUGUGAGGGUUUGUCCCUUUAUUAUUAUGUUAUGCACUUUGUGUUUUUAUGUUGUCAACCACUCUGUGAUCUUUAGGUGAAAGUCGGUACAGUGGUACCUUGCAAGACGAAUGCCUCGCAAGACAAAAAACUCGCUAGACGAAAGGGUUUUUUGUUUUUUGAGCUGCUUCGCAAGACG